UUUGCUCACCUCCCCCUCCCACAAAAAACUCCCGUUUUUCUAGUUCAGGAAGCUGCAAGACAAGUCUCCGCUUCGUGGGUUUUUUGCUUCGUCUCUGCUCUGCCCAAUCCCUCCUUUUCCCCUUUUAUUUCUUCUUCUUCAUCACACUUUUUCCCCUUCUUCCUCCCUUUUUUUGGGGUCCGGCGUCGUUUCCCUCCUUGCCCGCCCAGGAAGGCGCCUUCUCCUUGCGCCACGAGGCGGGGGGCAGCUCCGCAAGAGACCCUCCUCCUCCUCCUCCUCCUCCUGCUGCUGCUGCUCGCCGUCCGUCCGGCCCGCCUCGCCUGCCUUCCGGCCCGGAGCCGCGACGCUGCUUCCCCGCGGGCUGUCUCGCCUCUUCUGCCGCCGCCUCCGCCUCCCGGCGCUUCGGAUGCUCUAGCCCAAGACUCUGGGGCCUGUAUAUGGAAAUAGUGGGGUGUCGAGCCGAAGGAACCGCUUGCCCCUUCCGCCCCCCAGCCAUGCUUUUCCACGGCAUCUCCGGAGGCCACAUCCAAGGCAUCAUGGAGGAGAUGGAGAGGAGAUCCAAGACCGAGUCGCGCCUGGCCAAAGGCGCCCAGAUGAACGGCCGGGAAGCGAAUAUGCCCCCGCUGAGCCCGGAGAAGCCUGCCUUGUGCGCCGGCUGCGGAGGGAAGAUCUCCGACAGAUACUACCUGCUGGCGGUGGACAAGCAGUGGCACCUGCGGUGUCUUAAGUGCUGUGAAUGUAAACUGGCGCUGGAGUCCGAGCUCACCUGCUUCGCCAAGGACGGCAGCAUUUACUGCAAGGAGGAUUAUUACAGGUUCUCCGUGCAGCGCUGUGCCCGCUGCCACCUGGGCAUCUCGGCCUCGGAGAUGGUGAUGCGCGCCCGGGACUCGGUGUACCACCUGAGCUGUUUCACCUGCACCACGUGCAACAAGACGCUGACGACGGGCGACCACUUCGGCAUGAAGGACAACGUGGUCUACUGCCGGGCGCACUUCGAGAGCCUGCUGCAGGGCACCGAUCCUGCCUCCUACCCGCCUCCGCAGCUGAGCUACACCGAGCUGGCGGCCAAGGGAGGAGGCCUGGCGCUGCCUUACUUCAACGGCACCGGCACGGUCCAGAAAGGCCGGCCCAGGAAGAGGAAGAGCCCGGCCUUGGGCGUGGACCUCGUCAGUUACAAUUCAGGUUGCAAUGAGAACGAGGCAGACCACCUGGACAGAGACCAGCAGCCUUAUCCCCCAUCUCAGAAGACCAAGCGCAUGCGCACUUCUUUCAAGCACCACCAGCUCCGCACCAUGAAGUCCUACUUUGCUAUUAACCACAACCCAGAUGCCAAGGACCUCAAGCAGCUUGCCCAGAAGACGGGCCUAACUAAGAGAGUUCUGCAGGUUUGGUUCCAAAACGCACGAGCCAAAUUCAGAAGGAACCUUUUGCGGCAGGAGAAUGGGGGUGUUGAUAAAGCUGACGGCACGUCGCUUCCGGCCCCGCCCUCAGCAGACAGCGGCGCUCUCACUCCACCCGGCACUGCGACCACUUUAACAGACCUGACCAAUCCCACUAUCACUGUAGUGUCAUCAGUGACCUCUAACUUGGACAGCCACGAUUCCGGAAGCCCCUCACAAACUACCUUAACAAACCUUUUCUAACAUUUGACUUUUAAAAAGGAGAAAUAUUCUUACUUUUUUCUUCCCCCUUCUUCUUCUUUCUCCAUUAUUAUUAUAAUUAUAUUAAUAAUAAUAUUAUUUGCAAGACUUUUUAUUUUUUGGAAAUAAAACAAACCCACAAAAUGUUUGGGGGAAACCAGCUUGGUCGGUAGCAUCUGCAGCCACUUGGUAAAUGAGUUUGCAGUAAUAGACUUCUGUUCUACAACUACGUAUUCUUUGUCUCUAAAUUGUCUUUGGAAUUUUUUUUUAACCACUGCCUAAUUAAAGGGAAACUAUUGAAUCAUUCUA